GGUAUGUACUGUUCUACAUAUAGACAGUAUAUGUGUGCAGUUAGCUGUCGAUACAUUUUCGUUUUCGCUUCACAAACAAUCCCUAUUUUCUUCUAGUCACUGUAGUACUCUAUAGGAUGACAACAUCAAUGUAGUUGGAUGGCAAAUGAAAAGUCCAUCAGACGUCGCCGGAGACCACGAGACGAGUACGACUUCUCCGCCGACUUAUACAAAGCUGUCGUGGACGAUGACCCGGAGCGACUCGCUCGUAUCCUUGACAACGGUGCUGACGCGGAUCACAUGUUUUUUCAUGGCAUGAUCUUUGUGAGCUCCAAGCCUGUACUCGCUUUAUGCUGUGAAAAAGGGCGCGAAGCAUGCGCCAAGGUAUUAAUAGAACAUGGUGCCGAAGUAAAGCGACCGGAUAAGUGGGGUAUCACUCCUCUCAUGUAUUGUAUGACUCUCCAGUACCCCGAUAUCUCACGACUUCUGCUUCAGCGAGACCCGAGCGUCGUCAAAUGCCAGGACCAUAAGGGAAGGACCCCUCUGCAUUUCGCCGUUGAGACAGGAAACAUCGAGCUUGUGAAGUUAUUGAUAACUUCAGGGGCGGAUGUGGAUGCUCAGGAGAGAUUUGGAAUGACCCCUCUAAUGAUUGUUUGCUCAUCUGAGUUUGAACAUGAAGGAAUAUUACUGGAUUCUCUAUUGGGGGCGUCUGUAGAUGUCCAUAAAAUGUCGUUCCGUGAGAACAAGACAGCUUUGCAGUUCGCUGCGACUGGAAAGCGUUCCCUCCUUAUUCGAGGUCUGUUGAACGCAGGAUCAGACCCGAACACUGUGGAUGUUCAUGGGCGAACCCCUCUGACCAACUUACUUAGGGGACAUGCACGUGCUAACGAACAGAUCGACUCAGAAACCAUGUCUGUCAUAGAGGAUAUGUUAUUGGCUGGAGUGGACAUGAAUCUUGACUCCACAGACAAUUGUAAUCCCGUUUUCAUGGCAACACAGUGUUCAUGUCCGCUUCUUGUACAGUAUUUCCUAGAAAAGGGAUGCCGCCCUGGAAAGACAUCAUUACUUAUGGCGGUAUCAAAGGGAGACGAUUCAUCCCUGAUAGCGCUGCUGAAUUGGGGUUGUGCCGUUAACGUUGAGGGAACGUUGGGGUCGUCACAAGCUCCCACCAGUUCCAUGGGUCUAGCUAUAGAACUGGGCCACUGGAAUAUCGUCCACAUACUCGCUACUGCUGGCUUCAAUCUGCACAGACUCAACUUUAUCAGAGGAGACAACAAUAUUCCGGUAUCCUUGCUCAACAAUGAAGACAUGGUAAAUCAUCUCAUUCAUCUGGCGAGUGUGCCGAAAAGUCUUUUUCAUAUUUCCACACUAAUGAUUUGGAAAACACUCAAAAGUGAUAUUGACAAGAAAAUCUCACAGCUGCCGUUACCGUUGCGGCUUCAGACUAUGAUAUCUUCAGACACAUUCUUAUUACUCACAUAAUCGAUGUGUAGGUCUUGAUAACGGGUAAAUUGUGCGAAGACCUUUCCGCUUCGAAUGUGUAUUGCAUUAUGUACGACUGUGAAUAGAUUCCGUAUUUUGUAGUAGUUGACCGUAAAUAAACUGCACUUGUCAUUAUUGUGACAUGUUUGGCACAA